AUGGAUGCAUUGCGGUGCCAAGGUACAACUAGGCUAUUAUUAACAAAAAUUCCAUUUUAUAAGGAAGUUGUAAUUAUGUCAUUUUCAUGUAACCACUGUCAUUGGGAGAAUAAUGAAUUACAGCCAGCUGCUAAGAUCCAAGAAAAAGGAGUUUCAUACAAGCUGAAUGUAUUGUCACCUCAGGAUUUGGCCAGGAUUGUUGUGAAGACAGAAUGGGCUUCUGUUAUGAUUCCAGAGCUAGAUUUCGAAAUUCCAUCACAUUCUCAAGAAGGAACUGUGACUACAGUUGAAGGCAUUAUUGAGAGAACUUACACUGGUUUGAGCCAAAAAAUUCAGUACUUAAAGGAUGAGGACUCUGAGUCUGCAUCAAAAAUAACUGAAUUUUUGGAAAAGCUGCAGAAUUUGAAAUCUGGGAACACUCAUUUUACUUUUGUGUUGCGAGAUUGUUCUGGCAACAGUUUCUUGGAAAACAUUUGUGCACCACUGCCAGAUCCUCAAUUAGAAGUAUCACAGUUUGAAAGAUCUCGAGAAGAAAAUUUGAUGCUUGGGUUAUAUGCACUUAAUGCUGACACUAAGGAAAACAAAACUGAAUCACAUACACAAGCGUAUGAGGAAAGUAAUCUUAAGGAUGAAGUUUUGGGCCUUCCUACGAACUGUUAUUCUUGCAAUGCCCCAUGUGUGACAAACAUGAAAUUAACUCAAAUACCUCAUUUUAAAGAUGUUGUCAUUAUGGCUACUACCUGUGAUGCUUGUGGGCAUAAAACGAAUGAAGUAAAGAGUGGAUCUGGUAUCGAACCAUACGGAGUGAGAUUUAUUCUCAAAAUAGAGACUGAAGAAGAUUUAUCUAGGGAUGUAUUAAAG